AGAGCCUAAAGCUGGCAAAGAGAAGGUGGUAAUGAAGCUCAAGAAACUGGAGUCCAGUGUGAGCACUGGUCGUAAAUCUGGGAGGCGUUAGUAGCAUUGCCCAAGACUCCCUGGAGUGACUAGAAUUAUUUCUGCCUGAGGAGACGCUCUGCAGCCUGGACUCUGUGAGACUGAGGCAGUGGUCAGCUGGAGUGAAUUUGGAAGUCCGGGGUAUCCACCUUACCUGGCUUGUUUAUGAGCAUUGAAGGGGAGAAGUUGAGGCUUGAAGAGCUAGGAUGGCAGUCAACAAGAGCCCAACCUUGCUGGAUGGAGACUUCCCUGAACAGGAGAAUGUGCUACAACGGGUCCUACAGCUGCCGGUGGUGAGUGGUACCUGUGAGUGCUUCCAAAAGACCUACACCAGCACCAAGGAAGCCCACCCGCUGGUGGCCUCUGUGUGCAAUGCCUAUGAGAAGGGCGUGCAGAGUGCCAGCAGCUUGGCUGCCUGGAGCAUGGAGCCAGUGGUCCGCAGGCUGUCCACCCAGUUCACAGCUGCCAAUGAGCUGGCCUGCCGAGGCCUGGACCACCUAGAGGAAAAGAUCCCAGCCCUCCAGUACCCUCCUGAAAAGAUCGCCUCUGAGCUGAAGGACACCAUCUCCACUCGCCUCCGCAGUGCCAGAAACAGUAUCAGCGUGCCCAUCGCAAGCACUUCAGACAAGGUCCUGGGGACUGCUCUGGCUGGCUGUGAGCUUGCCUGGGGUGUGGCCAAAGACACCGUGGAAUAUGCCGCCAACACCCGAGCUGGCCGACUGGCCUCUGGAGGGGCUGAUUUGGCGUUGGGCAGCAUUGAGAAGGUGGUAGAGCUCCUCCUCCCUCCAGCCAGGGAUGAGUCAGCACCUGUUCCUGGACGCCAUCAGGCCCAGAAGCCUCCCAAGGGCAAGCCAACCCUUGGGAGCAGAGUUAGGGCCCUGGCCAACACCCUCUCUCGACAAACCAUGCAGACCACAACCUGGGCGCUGAAGGAGGGCCAUGCCUUGGCCAUGUGGAUCCCAGGUGUGGCACCCCUGAGCAGUCUGGCCCAGUGGGGCACAUCAGUGGCCGUACAGGUGGUGUCCCAGCGGUUGGGCAAGGUGCAGGUGCCCUGGCUGCACAGUUUCGCUGCUACCCAGGAGAACCAUGAUGACCAGACGGACACAGAAGAAGAGGAGACGGAGGAGGAGGAAGAAUUGGAGACCAAGGAAAACAAGUUCAGUGAGGUGGCAGCCCUACCAGGCCCACAAGGCCUCCUGGGCAGUGUGGCACACACCCUGCAGAAGGCCCUCCAGAGCACCGUCUUGUUCAUGACAUGGGCACCUACAACUGUGCUGAGUACAGCAGGGAGGAUGCUGCACCUCAUGCCAGUCCGAGCUGUCUCCUCGACCAAGGGAAGAGCCAUGUCCAUAUCGGAUGCCCUGAAGGGCGUUACUGACAAUGUGGUGGACACAGUGGUGCAGUACGUGCCGCUCCCCAGGCUGUCGCUGAUGGAGCCCGAGAGUGAAUUCCGGGACAUCGACAACCCGCCGGCAGAGGCUGAGCGCCGGGAGGCGGAGCGCAGGGGGUCGGGGGCGCCGCCUGCCGGCCCGGAGUCCGCGCCACGCCCAGCGCAGCACCGCGGCAGCCUGCGCAGCGUGCGGGGCCCCGGCGCGCCCGCCGGCCUGGAGGACAAGGGCGAGACGCCCGCCGCGCCGCGCCCGGCCUUCCCGGCCAUGCCCCGCGAGAAGCCGACGCGCAGGGUCAGCGACAGCUUCUUCCGGCCCAGCGUCAUGGAGCCCAUCCUGGGCCGCGCGCAGUACAGCCAGCUGCGCAAGAAGAGCUGAGCCCCCCGGCCGGGGCCGUUUUCUCUCACCAGCAAGCAGAGCCACACUUCCCACG